AUACUUCUUUGCUGCAUGCUCAUGACUGUUGUUUUACUUUUAUUCGCUUAUGUAACACUGGAUAACUUCGGAAGGUUGACAAUAAUCACAUAUUUUCUGGGAUAUUUAAGAAACAAGUGGGAGACCAACCAAAAAUUCAGAGGGCCUGGCAACUAAAGUGUAACACAGUAAAAUACACACUACCCUUAUCCAAAGUAUUUGUUGUCUGAAUGUUGGUACCGUAGAUGUGGUUAUACUUGAGGCUCAGAAACACGGAAGAAAAGCAGCUGAGUGAAUGACAUAUAAAAUUGUUUCUCAAUACAUUGUCAUUUUGCCAUGUUAAAAGGUUUCGAACUUGACUAUGCUAGUAAUAAGAAACCAUGAAUGACAUUUUCGGUAGGGAAUAAGUGAUUUACGUGAUAUUAGCCGCAGAUUUAAGGGGCGGAAAUGCACAAUCAAAAUUGUUUUCCACGUCAGAGAUGGUCAUUGCCAAAGGACCAAGAAAGGAAUUUUGUUGCAGCCUUUUUUCACAUGGCUACAAUUGCUUUGACUUGCACUUCUCUUGCUCAGCUCGGAUGGUUUAGAAUUCGAGGCAGUAUCUGUUCUCCUCAUUUAGCUGUGUAUCAGUUUUUCAGUGCUGAUUAUCCAAGUGAACCGGAGCGAGACUACACAUUCAGUGAAUUUUCACCACCUGUAACUAUUCAGUAUUACCCUCAGAAAGAGACACCACGGUGUAUGAAUCAAGAAAUAGCUAAUUUGAUGAGGACCGUUAUUUUAUUGUGUUUCAUGGCUAUGUCAUCCUCUCUUCUGGGUUUCUUCCUGGAUAUAAUUGGGCCAACAAGCAAAAUACUGCGCACAAUCAGAAGAAAUGCAAUUCCAAGCAUUUUCACGGUUAUUUGUGUAGUUGCCAUUAUUGGACUGUGCUAUUAUAUCACAACGUUACUGCAGAGAGUAAUUCAAAAUUCCAACCCGGAAAGGGAAGUGAAAGUUGCUUACGAGUAUGGUUGUUACACCAUCACAGCAGCAGGUGUGGUUGCAGUAUUUGCAACAGCAAGUAAUCUCCUCCAGUAUUACUCGCCAAAUGAAGACACAGAGCGUCAGAGAAUCUUUGGCGAUUGGGAUGGGCUGGAAACAUUCUCAGUUGGAGGGUGGGGCAGGGGCACUCCACUAGAAAGCAUCCCACCUCCACCACCGUACUCUCCAUAAAUUGAUGUGGAACAGUCCUUAAAACAUCCUGUGAUACUUGCUUUAUAUUUUAUGUAGCUCAUUAAAUAGUCCUAAACCAUAUGUGCGUACGCGUGUAGUACUUACAGUGACUUGGUCGUUAAGUGUUGUAGGAGAAUAGCUUUGUUGAAUGUUAUGUGAAAUUUUGUUAUUAUUGUUUUUCAAAAAGCUUUUCCAUUACAAACAGUACACAGAUCUCAGUGUACAAAAACAUAUACUUGCUUGUAUUCCAUUGUAAACCACGGCAUAUUUUUAUCUAAAUGCAACUCAUCCUUGUGCAUAUCACCAUUAACUGUUACUACUUUUUUUUGUUAAAUAUGUGCUUAGAUUAAGUUUUAGUAGGUGUAUGUCUAAGAGAAGAGACUGUAUUUCAUUGCACUAUCUGCAUCUGAACAUUUCUUUAAAAAAUUUCUUACCAAAUUCUAUUUUAAGAAAAUUUUUGAGUAUCUGUUUGUGUCCUUUGUGUAUGAUCUCCAGCACAAAAGCGGUUGAUUUAUUUUUAUUUUUAGACAUGUUUAAAUACAAUGUGCUUGAUUUCAUAAUAAAUAAUCUAUUACAUGAAUGUUAUGUGGGAACUAAACAGUUUAUCAGUGGUUUUAAGAUGGUACAUUGAUGGUACAAUAAUGAUAAAUGAAAUGAGGCACCACAGGCUUGUUUGAUUAUUAUAUCUCAGGAAUACAGUAAAACAAAGUUCAAACCACUACUUGUUUUAUAACAACAAUUCUGAAAGUGUAACAUUUGGAAUAUUAGAGGUUAUAGAUCAUUGUGAAUAACAUGGGCUCAGAGAAAUUUCUGCUUUCUACUGUGUGAACAGAAUUGAUGGAUGAAGUGAAACAUAGUUUUAACGAACACAGGAAACAUAAGUUGCAGGUUUAAAUAGUUUUAUAUCUAUAAAUCUAUUAAAUGCCUAGGUGUAUGUGCAUGUACGCAUGGAGAGUUGUAUAUUGUGGCUUAGAGAAAAAUAACAAAAAGUGGUUGACUAAAAGAUAGUUUGUAUGAGAGAUGUCCCUAAAUUUUUGUUUUGUUUGGGACACUUUAUAGUGUCUUGCCCCCUGCAGUUCUUUAUGCAUUAAGAAUUAUGAUUAAUUCGCCAUCACAGUGCAGUUCAUUUCGUGGUGUGGUAUCAGUGAGAGGGAGUUGUUUCAGUACUCGGCACAGAUAGUGAAUACAGGAGUAACUAGAACCUUUCACUUCAAAUAUCAUUAUUAUUUUUUAGUAUUACAAAUGGAUAAGGGGCAUAGUCAUCUUGGGAAUACAGAAGACAAUAAUUUAAUGACAAAAUGCCAUAUAUUAUUAGCCACAGUAAGACUAAAAUGAACUAUUCUAUUCAUGUUGUUUUGCACCUUGUUCCGUAGCCUGCAAACAGUUUGAUUUGUUUAACAAAACUGACUGUACUAAAUUUGAAAUAACACUGUUGUAACUCCAGGCACAUACUUAACUGGGUUGGACAGGAGUUAGCCAUUAACUUGUCAGAAGAUAGUCAGAAUGAUGAUUUGAAAUUGAUCCUUGAUAAUAAUGCAGUUGAUUAUUGGUAUAUUUACAAUUUUCUUUCACCAACUCUAUAACUGUGUUACUUCCCUACUGACUGUACACUUAUUGCAAGGUAAAAUGUCAGUUAAUGGAUGAAAAUAAUUUGUUGCCCUAGCUAAGUGACACACAGUGGUGAUAAAGAGUUUUAGUGAUUGUACAAUUUCUUGUGCUAAAUAUUUACAUUCUGUUUCAUGCAGGCCAGACAUUCGGUAAUUUCUGUGUUAUGUUUUGCUGCAGUGUUUCUGAUUCAUCUGACUUAGUGUAUAUUUUUCCAUUCCAUGUGGUGAUUUUUAGUGAAACUUGUCAUCUUCAAGUGUGUCAAGUUUCCAAACAAAAAUUUCAAUCAUCUGCCUUUGAGAAAGUUUAUAGUGUAUUGCAGAAUUUCUUUGAAAAUUUGUAUAAAAAGGGACAAUGAUGGUUCAAUAGUUAUGAAACUAUGCUGUGUACCGCAAGUGGCUCUUUGGGUGUUAAAUUGUCUUUUUCUGUCCUGUUAGAUUGCAUCAAGUUUUCAUCUGGCAAUACGUUGAGUGAAUUAAGAAAGUUGGUUAGUGGUUCAGAUUUGAUAUUAAACUAUGAGCCAUCUUAAACUGUUCAAGUCAGAUGAUUCUCAAAUCGGAGCAAGAUAAGAGUUUGUCAUCUCCAGUAUAAUAAUCCCUUCAGCCUUCAAUGUAUUUGAAAUGAGACAAUGUUAAUUACAGCAUGUUUCACAUUAUGUUCAGUUUUGUGUUGUGUAUAGUUAUUCAAAUAAAAUCAUGAACAACAAUAAUUUUUUUGACAAAGGCAUCUGCUUUUCAAACUGUAGCAGAACAGGGUGGGGAAAGAGGGCGGGGGUGGGGGGGUUAAGAGAUUGACUCCUAAGGUGCUGCAAUUUUCUGAAGUUCCUUUAUCAGAUUAACAAUGGAGAACAGGAAGUAGAAGAUACUGACAUGCAUGAUACAGGAUUUCUAAAUCUUUUCCUUCACUGUGGACUCUGCAUAUACCUUUCUUUUGGUGUCCUCUGCCUUUGUACUGACAACAAAUUAAGUAAAAUUACAAUUGCAGGAAAUUAAACGUGUUUUUAAAUUUGUGUUACACAGCUCAGCUCCAUUUAUUUUCAAUCCAGUGUUUGGAAAGUGGACACACUGCUUAUGUUACUACCAUUAACAAUUUAUUGGUACAUCAUAAAAACUUGUAAUUGCUAAAUCUGAACUGAAAUAAAAUAUUUUGCUAGAGGUGUUAAAUUGUCUGCAAUGCAUUAUUAUUCUUUACUGGAAUAAAGUAAUGAUAUACUUUGCAUAUAUCCACAAUUCUGCAGCUGGGAAAGAAUAAUAUUGUUGAAAUUCUGUUUUGUAAGUGCCAUAUAAUUAAUUCCUCUGAAUAUAAUUUAAUAACAAAAUCUGUACAAGUAUUUUGCUUAUUAUUCAGUAUUAUUUUGUAUCUGGCCUGUUAUUUAACUUCUUGCCUGUGAUAUCAUGGUGAUAAAUUGUUUUAUUGUUGUAUUUUUCCUUAAAGAUUCAUUGAUUGCUUUUUCAUGGACUGCAUUUUUGUAAAUUUUGUACAGUAUCAUAAUAUUUCUGCAGCCACUCUUCAAACAAUGUAUGUAGAGGUACAGAGUUGCCUAAAGUAGUCUCUCAAAUCCUGCAAUAGUUAAACCCUUGACUUGUACAAUGUUAUAAUUACCUGGACAUUCUAUGUAAUGGUGUGUUGUAUUUUAGGAGGAAGAUGAUCAUUUGUGAAUAUCAUGUUUUCUAUUAAUGUUAUAAAAAUUGCCUGUAGAAUGUAAAGGUGCCCUUUGCCACUGAGCAUUCGUUAACUGUUGUGUUAUUGAUGUUACAGUAUAGCUAGUGUUGUUAUUUUUAGUGUUUGUUCUCCGUUGUACAGUCCAGACAACACUGUUUUUUAAAGAGACAUUUAUGUGUUGUAAACAUUGUUACUGCUACCAUUAACAUUUAUUGAAGUAAUAUUUACCUCUGCAACAUCCAUCCUGUAAAGUUGUUGAGCCAGAAAAUAUUUUAUCUGAAUUAUAUUUUUGAAAAUGUCUUGUACAUAUUUUAUGCAAUGUAUCAUUAAAUAUUACAAAAUAUUUUGCUCA